AAAAACAGAAGGAAAAAAAAAGGAGCGUGAAGAGUGACUCGCGACCCCAAAACCCUAACCCCUGUAACUCUCGGCGGCGGCGGCGAUGGCGGACAACGCCGGACGAGCGGCGGCGCUGAAGGACCAGGGGAACGAGCAGUUCAAGACGGGGGGAUACCUCAAGGCCGCCGCGCUCUACACGCAGGCCAUCAAGCUCGACCCCGACAACCCAACUCUAUACAGCAACCGAGCUGCUGCAUUUUUGCAGCUGGUUAAGCUUAAUAAGGCACUUGCUGAUGCUGAGAUGACAGUAAAGCUCAAGCCACAAUGGGAGAAGGGUUAUUUCAGGAAAGGAUGUGUUUUGGAGGCCAUGGAGCAGUAUGAGGAGGCAAUAUCUGCUUUUCAAACAGCAUUGCAGCACAAUCCACAAAAUACAGAAGUCUCGAGAAAAAUCAAGAGGCUUACUCAGUUAGCAAGGGAGCAGAAGCGAGCUCUUGAUGUGGAGAACAUGCGAUCCAAUAUUGACAUUGGGAGGAACUUGGAGUCUCUGAAAACCGAGCUGGCUGCUAAGUGUGGCGAUGCAGAAGUGGGACAAAAUAUCUUCUCAUUUGUUAUCAACGUGAUUGAAUCAGCGAUAAAGGCUUGGCAUGAAGCUGGAAAAGUGGAUGCAAAGGUCAAUUUUCUUCUUGAUGAUCAGAAGACCGAUACUGAAAAAUAUGCUCCAGUGGUUAACAUUGAUAAGGCCUUUGAGUCACCCCACACCCAUAGCAGCUGCUUCGAAUAUUUGCGGCAAUAUUCUCAGGAUUCUUUUUCGAAGGUUGCUUGUAUGGUGGCACCUAAGAGCAUCAUCUCAUACCCACAGGUCUGGAAAGGGCAAGGAUCAAGAAAAUGGAAGCUUGAUCAGAGUGAUGGGUUCUUUGUACAAUUUGAAUCACCAUUUUUACGGAAGAUUUGGUUUGUUCCUAGCACGACAGAAAAGGGACGGACAUUGUGCAGGAGUCCUGAGCCUUUGGACAUUACCAUCCAUGAAAUCCUCCCUCGUAUAUUCAAAGAAACUGAAACUGUUUGAAAGCGACAAAUGCGCAGUGGGUCUCCUUGAUUCUACCCCUGGUGCAUGGUCCAUAAUCCGUGCUUGAUCCGUAAUCCUCCUGCUUGGUUAUCGAGAAGGGCGGUGUAUUUUCUCUUGCGAGAAGAAUGAAAUGCCAGAUUUUGUAAAACGUAGGUCGGUCGAUCAAUCUGUAUCGGUGUCCUGCACACCCAAGCACUCCCAACUCUGUGCAGAUGUUUUUACUGUAUACAAGUGAUGUGUUGGAGUGCACACAAACAGGCUUUGGUGGGGUUGCAUUUCUUUCAUUCAUCAAAAAUUCUCCUGGUAUAAUUUAGACGCUUCUUCUCUGAUUUAUCAUGUUUUGUGGCUGGCCCCAUAUCAUUACUAAUGCUCUUUCCAGAACAAUUUAUUAAUCGUGCUUAGAGAAAAAAAAGAGAGAAUAUUUUUGUUUCA